CGGCAGAGCCCAGCGGCAAGCUGGCUGGUGGGCGGCCUCAGGGGGCCCCAGAGGCUGAGGGGGCCAUGGCCGGGGUCGCGUGCUUGGGAAAAGUCGCAGAUGCGGACGAGUGGUGCGACAGCGGCCUGGGCUCAUUAGGUCCGGACGCAGCGGCCCCAGGAGGACCGGGGCUGAGCUCAGAGCUGGGCCCGGGGCUGUCGUGGGUGCCCCUUGUCUUCGGCUACGUCACUGAAGAUGGAGACACGGCGCUGCAUUUGGCGGUGAUUCACCAGCACGAGCCCUUCCUGGAUUUCCUCCUAAGCUUCACAGCCGGGACUGAGUACCUGGACCUGCAGAAUGACCUGGGCCAGACAGCCCUGCAUCUGGCAGCCAUCCUGGGGGAGGCAUCCACAGUGGAGAAGUUGUACAGAGCGGGCGCUGGGGUGCGGGUGGCAGAACGUGGGGGCCACACAGCGCUGCACCUGGCCUGCCGCAUGGGGGCGCACGCCUGUGCACGGGCACUGCUGCAACCUCGGCCUCAGCGCCCCAGGGGAGCCCCCGACACCUACCAUGCCCAGGGUCCCGAUCACACCCCUGACGUCGACCAUGCCCCCGUUGCCUUAUACCCCAAUCCCGACUUGGAGAAGGAAGAGGAAGAGAGUCAGGAGGACUGGAAGCUGCAGCUAGAAGCUGAAAACUACGAGGGGCACACCCCACUCCAUGUGGCCAUCAUCCACAAAGAUGCCGAGAUGGUACGGCUGCUCCAGGAGGCCGGAGCUGACCUCAACAAAGUGGAGCCCACCUGUGGCCGGAGCCCCUUGCACUUGGCCGUGGAGGCACAAGCAGCUGACGUGUUGGAGCUUCUUCUAAAAGGGGGUGCAGACCCUGCCACCCGCAUGUAUGGCGGUCGCACUCCAUUGGGCAGUGCCACACUCCGGUCCAACCCCCUACUUGCCCGCCUCCUCCGCGCCCACGGAGCCCCGGAGCCUGAGGACGAGGAUGACAGGCCUGGCCCCUGUAGGAGCAGCAGCAGCAACAGUAGUGACAGCGGGGAUGAGGGCGAUGAAUAUGAUGACAUCGUGGUCCACAGUGGCCGGAGCCAAGACCAGCCACCUCCCACCCCAGCCUCAAAUGCACUUCCUGAUGACCCUUUCUAA